AAGAAAAAUGAUGAUUCCUUCCUGGUGCUGAAUUUUCUGUACCUCCAAAGAUCACUGGCGGACUAAGCACCGGUUCCUGCGGCAGACAUGCAACUGAAACAUCUUAAGACGCUUCUAACCCCCCAGGAGGGCGCCGCGAAAGUGACGUGUAUGGCCUGGGCUCCAAACAACAGCAAGUUUGCGGUGAGCACUGUGGACAGGGUGGUGUUGCUUUACGACGAGCAAGGAGAACGGAGGGACAAGUUCUCCACCAAACCUCUCGAUUCCAAGUAUGGAAAGCAGAGCUAUGUCGUCAAGGACAUGGCGUUCUCCCCUGAUUCAACUAAAAUCGCAGUUGCUCAGUCUGACAACAUCAUCUUCGUCUACAGAAUAGGAGAGGAUUGGGGUGACAAGAAAGCUAUUUGCAACAAAUUUGUUCAGACGAGUGCAGUGACGUGCUUACUUUGGCCAGCAGAGCACGCUAUAGUCUUUGGAUUAGUUGAGGGAAAGGUUCGCCUUGCCAACACUCAGACAAACAAGUCAUCCACCAUCUAUGGGACCGAGUCUUGUGUCAUCUCGCUGGCAUCAAACAUGUCUGGUAAAGGCGUCCUCUCUGGCCAUAUGGAUGGAACUGUGGUGCGCUACUUUUUUGAUGAUGAAGGCACAGGAGAGUCUCAGGGUAGGCUGUUGCUACACCCGUGCCCCCCGUACGCCCUUGCCUGGGGGGCCAACAGUAUCAUGGUGGGUGGCUGUGACAAGAAGGUGGUGGCCUACAGCAGAGAAGGCCACGUCCUGCAGACAUUUGACUACAGCCGGGAUCACACGGAGAAGGAGUUCUCUGUGGCCGUCACCAGCCCAAGUGGGCAGUCUGUUGUCUUCGGCAGCUAUGACAGAUUACGUGUGUUUAACUGGGCUCCAAGGAGGGCCAUGUGGGAUGAGGCCAAAGCAAAAGAGAUACCCAACCUGUACACCAUCACUGCCUUGGCCUGGAAGAAAGAUGGAUCACGCCUCUGUGCGGGAACACUUUGUGGGGGAGUUGAGCAGUUCGAUUGCUGUCUGCGAAGGAGCAUCUACAAGAACAAGUUUGAGAUGACCUACGUGGGUCUGAGCCAGGUGAUAGUUAGAAACCUGUCCACUGGUACCCGUGUGGUGCUGAAGUCUUACUACGGUUAUGAGAUCGAGGAAGUCAAGAUCAUGGGCAAGGACCGCUAUCUGGUGGCUCACACGUCUGAUACCCUACUGCUUGGGGACCUGCUAACCAAUAAGCUCAGUGAGGUGGCAUGGCCAGGCUCUGGAGGAAAUGAGAAGUUCUUCUUUGAAAAUGAAACGGUUUGUAUGAUUUUCAACGCUGGGGAGCUGAGCCUGGUGGAGUACGCUAACAAUGAGAUCUUGGGCUCAGUCAGGACCGAGUUCAUGAAUCCUCACCUCAUCAGUGUUCGUCUGAAUGAGAGGAGGCAGAGAAGAGUUGAAGACAACAAGAAGCUCGCCUACUUGAUCGACUUAAAGACGAUUGCUAUCGUGGACUUGGCUGGAGGCUAUAACCUGGGCACCAUCAGCCACAACUCCAAGAUUGACUGGCUGGAGCUGAAUGAAACGGGCCGCAAGCUGCUGUACAGGGAUAAGAAGCUGCGGCUCCACCUUUAUGACAUAGAAAGUGCUGUGAAGUCCACCGUGCUGAAUUUCUGCUCCUAUGCCCAGUGGGUGCCUGGCAGCGAUGUGGUGGUGGCCCAGAACAGGGGCAACCUCUGCGUCUGGUACAGCAUUGAUUGCCCAGAGAGUGUCACCAUGUUCCCUAUCAAGGGAGAUGUUGUGGACCUGGAAAGGUCCAACGGGAAGACAGAUGUGAUCGUGACAGAGGGUGUCAACACUGUGACUUACACACUAGACGAGGGCCUAAUAGAAUUUGGCACUGCUAUCGAUGAUGAGGAUUAUGACAGAGCCACAGUGUUCCUUGAGACUCUGGAGAUGUCAGCAGAGACAGAGGCAAUGUGGAGGACUCUCAGCAAGCUGUCUCUGGAAGCACAUCAACUGCAUAUUGCUGAGAGGUGUUUUUCUGCCUUGGGGGAUGUCUCCACAGUUCACUUCCUGCAUGAAACCAACCAGAUUGCCGAAAAGGUGUCAAUGGAAAUGGGAGGUAAAGGAACAGACUUUUACCAAGUCCAGGCUCGACUGGCCGUGCUGGACAAGAACUUUAAACUGGCAGAGAUGUACUACAUGGAACAGAAUGCCAUUGAUGAGGUGAUAGAGAUGUAUAAGGAUAUUCACAUGUGGGAUAACUGCAUUGCAGUGGCUGAAGCAAAGGGUCACUGGGACCUGGACAACCUACGUCGAAGCUACUACCAGUUGUUAACCGAGACAGGCCAAGACGAGAAGGCAGGAGAUGUGAAAGAAAGCGAAGGAGAUUACCUUGGCGCCAUUAACCUGUACUUGAAGGCAGGGCUUCCAGCCAAGGCUGCCCUCCUCAGCAUCAGCCACCUGGAGGUGACCUCCAACAGUGAUGUUGUCAGUCGCAUUGCUGCCGCUCUCAUCAAGGGAGAGUUCUACGAGAGGGCAGGAGACCUGUUUGAGAAGAUCGGAAACUGUCAGAAGGCGUUGGAAUGCUACCAGAAAGGAAACGCCUUUCGCAAAGCUGUUGAGCUGGCUCGCCAUGCAUUCCCAACCAACGUGGUCAAGCUAGAGGAGGCCUGGGGAGACCACCUAGUGCAGCAGAAACAGAUGGAUGCUGCCAUCAACCACUUCAUUGAAGCUGGCUGCCCUACAAAGGCUGUUGAGGCAGCCAUUGGUGCUCGCCAGUGGAAGAAAGCCAUCCACAUCCUGGAGUUGCAGGAAGACACAUCAGCAGCCAGAUACUGCAGAAAGAUAGCUCAGCACUAUGCCUCCAUACAGGACUAUAAGGUGGCAGAACGCUUGUUUGUAAAUGGAGGUCACAUUAAAGAUGCCAUAGACAUGUACACAGCGGCGGGGCGAUGGGAAGAGGCGCAUAAGCUGGCAGUUAAUUGUAUGACUGAAGAGGAAGUGUCGACUCUGUACGUCAGCAAAGCACAGGACCUGGAGAGAGAGGGCAAAUUCAAGGAAGCUGAGAGGCUGUUUGCGACAGUACAGCAGCCAGAUCUAGCCAUAACCAUGUAUAAAAAGAACCGGAUGUUUGAGGAUGUGAUUCGUCUGGUGGCCAAGAACCACCCUGACCUGCUCAAUGAGACCCACCUUCACCUGGCAAAGGAGCUGGAAGCUGAGUCCAGGUUUUCAGAGGCAGAGUACCACUACAUGGAGGCUGACGAGUGGAAGGCUGCUGUCCGUAUGUACAGAAUCAGUGACAUGUGGGAGGAUGCAUACAGGGUGGCUAAGAGCAAUGGUGGAUCCAGUGCUCAGAAGCAGGUAGCGUACCUGUGGGCCAAGAGCCUGGGUGGAGAACCUGCUGUGAAGCUGCUGAACAAGUUGGGCCUGCUGGAGUUUGCAGUUGACUUGGCUUUAGAUAAAUGCUCUUUUGACUUUGCCUUUGAGCUGGCUCGCUUUUCAUGCAAACAGAAGAUCCCUGAGAUCCACCUGAAAUGUGCCAUGUUUAUGGAAGAUGAGGGCAGGUUUGCUGAGGCCGAGGCCGAGUUCAUCAAAGCAGGGAAGCCCAAAGAAGCUGUCCAGAUGUUUGUCCACAACCAGGAUUGGGCCAGUGCCCAGCGGGUGGCAGAAUGCCAUGACCCAGGCAGUAUGUGUGAGGUUCUGGUGGGGCAGGCCAAGUUUUGCUUUGAACAAAAGGACUUCCAGAAAGCUGAAGCGUUGCUUCUCCGUGCUCAGAGACCAGAACUGGCAGUUAAAUACUACAAGGAUGCAGAUAUGUGGAGCGAUGCCAUGCACAUUUGUAAGGAGUACCUACCCAACAAGCUCUCCAUCCUCCAAGAGGAGUACGAGAAGGAGACUGCCAAGAGGAGCACACGAGGUGUCGAGGGCAUGGUGGAUCAAGCCAAGGACUGGGAGCAGUCUGGAGAGUACUCGCGGGCUGUGGAAAGCUACCUGAAGGUCAGAGACAGCUCUAACACAGCCCUGAUGGAGAAGUGCUGGAUGAAGGCAGCAGAGCUAUCUAUCAAGUUCCUCAGUGGAGAGCGUGCAGUGGAGGUGGUCCAGAUAGUUGGGCCGCGACUCACAGAGCUCAGGAAGUACAGUGCUGCUGCUGAGCUCUACCUGAACAUGGACUUAAUCAAGGAGGCCAUCGAUGUUUUUAUUGAGGGGGAAGAAUGGAACAAAGCUAAGAGAGUGGCUAAGGAGCUGGAUCCAAGGUUUGAGGACUACGUAGACCAGAAAUACAAAGAGCAUUUGAAGAACCAAGGCAAAGUGGACUCUCUUGUGGGGGUGGACGUAAUGGCAGCCCUUGAUAUAUAUGCUGAGAGAGGCCAAUGGGAGAAGUGUCUGGAGACGGCUGGUAAACAGAAUUAUAAGAUCCUCCAUAAGUACGCAGCGUUGUAUGCCACGCAUCUGAUCAAGGAAGGGGAGGCACAGAAAGCUCUGCAGUUGUAUGUGGAGCAUGGGGCACCACCAAACCCUCAGAACUUCAACAUCUACAAGCGUCUCUUCCUGGACUUGCUGAACUUGACCGGGACGAAUGUACAACAGUCUUACCGUAUGUGGGCUGACCUCCGCAACGUGAUGUUGCUACUGUGUGAAAACAUUUCCAAGUCUACAGAGGCCAACUCUCCUGCCCACGAAGAGUUUGAGCAGAUGCUGUUGAUUGCUCACUACUAUGCUACACGAUCUGCUGUGGAGGGAGUUGACCAACUGGAGACUGUGUCCACCAAGCUGUCUAUCUCUGUGCUCCGCCACACUGAGCUGGUGCCUGCUGACAAGGCCUUCUAUGAGGCCGGCAUGGCCUGCAGGGAAAUUGGGUUGAUGAACAUGGCUUUCAUUUUCCUGAACCACUUCUUGGAUCUGUCUGAUGGCAUUGAGGAAGGCUCCUUGGAUACUCUGGACCACUCGGACUUCCAGGACACAGACAUUCCCUUUGAAGUUCCUGUCCCGACCAAGCCCUAUGUCACUGAUGGACAACGUGAAGAGAUCCGUGACUGGGUCCUGACGGUAUCCAUGGAUCAGCGAGUGGAGCAGGUUCUGCCUCGUGAUGAAAGGAACACCUACGAGGCCUCACUCCUGGCCACCAACACCGGCAUACGCUCGAUGCCCUGCAUCAUCACCGGUUAUCCAGUGCUGAGGAAUAAGGUGGAGUUCAAAACCCCAGGAAAAGCAGCCAACAAGGACGACUGGAACAAGUUCAUCAUGGCCACUAAGACCACUCACAGCUCAGAAUGCCAGGACGUCUUGAAAUUCAUCAGCCAGUGGUGUGGAGGCCUGCCUGCAUCUGGAUUCUCCUUCCACUGAUGCCAGUACACACACACACACACACACACACAUUCAUGUCUAUAGACACUAUUAUGUUAACCUCUUUGUUCAUCAUAUUAUGUCACCACACCUCCUCGUG